GUCGGGGGUUCAAAUACUGGACAUCAUAUUUAUUCACCUUAUUUAAGAGAUAUUUGGAACAUUGUUUACAAAAUUGCAGACUAAGUCAUUUUUUAAAGAUAUUUUGCAGACUAAGUCAUUUUUUUAAGAUAUUUUGCAACAUUGUUUAACAAAUGUGCAAGCAGACUAUCAAUCAUGACAUUUUUAGGAUAAAACAAUUCAACUACAUACAUAUCCGAUUUUUUUUUUUUGGUAUAAAAACGUAUCGAAGUUCUACUGCAUUGUAGAAUUCAUUCUAAUAUACACUCUCAAAUAUGACUGAACUAGGAUCACUCUUAACAUGAUACUACCACUAUUCUUAACCGAAUGAACAGUAAUAUUAACACCACUCUUAAACGGAGCAUGAUUUGCUACGGUUCAUUUUCACACUAUUUUAAAUAUGAGCCAUUAAUUAUAGAUCAGAUGGUUCAUAUUAAUUUUAUUAUAAAAUUACUUAAAACAAUAUCAACCAUACAAUUUAGAUCAGACAAUUGUGAGCAUAAAAACUAUGUUAAAAACUACAAUAUAAAAUCUAUUUCUCUCUUGAACCAAAUCAUUUUAUCUUUUUUCUAUUUUUUCAAUGGAGCUGUGAAUCGAACGCCAACACUAUAUUGACCUAGUGGCUUAAACCAAGUCAUUUUAAAUAGUUUUGUCAAAAAAAAAAAAAUACAGCAGGGUUUUGAAACUGAACACAAAACCCAUUCCAAGCAACAACACUUCAUUCUUCUUCUCACAUUCAUUCACAACAAACUUCAUGUCAACCACCACCGUAGUUGUUCUCGACAACGGCGGAGGUCUAAUCAAAGCAGGUUUCGGCGGCGAACGUGACCCAUCCGUCAUUCUCCCAAAUUGUCUCUACAAACCUCUCACCUCCAAAAAAUGGCUCCAUCCAAAUCCUCUAAACACCACAACCACCACCGAACAAGACCUCACCUCCGCCUCAGUCCGCCGUCCAAUCGAUCGCGGCUACCUAAUCAACCCCGACCUCCAACGUGAUAUCUGGUCUCAUCUCUUCACUUCAAUCCUUCACAUAAACCCUUCCCAAUCCUCUCUUCUUCUCACUGAACCUCUCUUCACUCUCCCAUCAAUUCAACACUCAAUCGACGAAAUCGUCUUCGAAGAUUUCAAUUUCACUUCUCUCUACAUCGCUGAUUCACCUUCCCUUGUUCAUCUCUACGAAACUAGCCGUAGGCCCGAUGGGCUUCUAUCUAAAGCCCAAUGUAGUCUCGUUGUUGAUUCUGGUUUCUCAUUCACACAUGCUUCGCCUGUUUUUCAAAACUUUACUCUUAAUUACGGUGUUAAGCGAAUCGAUUUAGGUGGUAAAGCUUUAACUAAUUAUCUUAAGGAACUUAUUUCUUUUCGUUCUGUUAAUGUUAUGGAUGAAACUUUUAUUAUUGAUGAUGUUAAGGAGAAUUUAUGCUUCGUUUCGGUUGAUGUUGCUCGCCAUCUUAAUGUUGCUAGAAAGAUUGGAAAUGAGAAUGUUUUGAAGUGUACAUAUGUGCUUCCUGAUGGUGUUAAUUAUACAAAGGGUUUUGUUAAAUAUCCGGAACAAGCAACUAGGUAUCUUGUUGAUGGUGAUGAUGGUGGUGGUGAUCGUGAAAUGAUUGCUCAACAACAACCUCAGGAGAACAGACAGAAACUAGUUGAUUUGACAAAAAAUGAAUUUGAUUUGACGAAUGAACGGUUUCUUGUCCCCGAGAUGAUCUUCCGUCCAGCUGAUUUGGGAAUGAACCAAGCUGGGUUACCAGAAUGUAUAGUACGAGCUGUUAAUGCCUGCCAUCCACAUCUUCACCCCGUACUCUAUGAAAGCAUCAUUUUGACUGGUGGAAGCACCUUGUUUCCUCACUUCGCUGAGCGACUAGAGAAGGAGCUUCGGCCUCUAGUUCCGGAUGACUAUCAUGUGAAGAUAACUACACAAGAAGAUCCCCUACUAGGUGUUUGGCGUGGAGGUUCACUCCUGGCAUCGAGUCCAGAUUUUGAUGCAAUGUGUGUGACCAAAGCUGAGUAUGAGGAGCUGGGUUCUGCUAGAUGUCGCAAGAGAUUUUUUCAUUAACCAUGCAUGCUACGAACGUGGCUGUACAAAUCUCCUAACUCGCACAAAUGGCGCUUAUGAGAGAAAGCAGUGGGUUGCCAAUGCAACAAGUGUGCAAAUAGAGUAGCACUGGAUUCUUGGAACAAAGGUGUGAAGCCUGGAUGACAAUGGCAUACACUUUUUCGAGUAUGAUGCUGGCCGACCGGUAUUUGGUUCGGUGUCCGAAGGAUGUUAACUUCCCUUCUACCUGGGCUCUGCAAGUACGGCGUGCUUUUCAUGUUUCAACUAAUGUGGUAUUGGAUGGAUUUUACAUAUGAUAAUAUACAGUAUAGUAUCCCUUGAUCAGGAGUAGUUAGGCUUAAAUAAUGUAAUAUCUAAUGUAAGGACUCAGAGGUUAGCCUUAAAAGCAAUUAAUUACCUGCUUUUUAAAAA